AUGUCGAUAGUUAAGUGCUCAUUCAACACCAUUGUUGGCGGUAAAUGCUCAUACGAUCCAAAAGACAGAAAAAAAUCAACGGAAAUUGUACCACUACAGGCUUGUAAAAGAGACAUUGCAGGACACAGGAGCUUAUGGGCAAUACCCGACGUGGAAAACGAAGUAGAACUAAUUCUUGCGAGAGCAUCCAUAUUUUCAUCACCAGAUCAUAAAAACAACUUGUCCUAUACUAUAAGUCCAGCUCACCGAGCAUCGCUGGGUAUUGGUUGGUGCCGAGGGUCGAACAGGUGCAGAAUACCAGAAGAAUUGUCGCAGCAUCAAAACGGAAAAGCCAGUCGAGGUAGAAGGCAAUGGCCAAAGGCUGAAAGAGGCGUAAGAAAAGCAGCUUCCAGGGUUAUCUUGAAAAAAAACUGGGAUAUUUCUACCAGUAGGAACAGGUAAGGAGUAAUUCAAUGCGAAUCAGGUCUUCAUGGUGUAGCUGUUAAUUUGUUCAUUGCAAAAUCAUAACAUAUUCAACGGAAGUAGGGAAGGAUGAAACGCGUAAGCGGAAUAGCGGAAACGAAAUGGCUGAAGCGGAAAAUAAUGCGGAAUUAGGGCCAAACCGCGGAAUUUUAUUUUGAAUUGAAUUUUUGUUUUGUUUUUUCAUUUCCUAACAGCAAGGCAUAAUAAAAACUAUAUUAUCAACAAUUAUUUUGAAAAGUAUAUGUAUUUAUCACAGUCCCAUAUAGCACGGGGGCAACGCUGAACAUUUUAAAACCUGGUAUGAGUAUGUAAUGUUCCUUUUUAUGCAGGAAUAUGUACGAAUUGCAAAAAUUAAAGCAUUCAGUCAGAUGAACAUUAAGCAAGACUGGGACGAAAGCACUGGCAGCAUACAAGAUGAAAGCAUUGAAAUUGUAUUCAAAACAAGAGCAAUGUCAUUGGUAUGAAACUUUUUGAAAAUAUGAUAAUAAUUUUAAACGAUCAAGAUCUAUGAUAUUUUAUUCCCCGUUUUAGACGGAAAUAAAUGAUGACUUUCCAGCUACACAAAGUACGCUUGACAAGUCUUCAAACACGAACCUCGAGUUGCAGACACCAAUGGGAAGUGUUUUCUCUCCUUCAGAGACUCUUCUGGAGAGUAACCUUUCUGAUUACUCUGACGAGAAGUUGAAGCCCCUUGAUCAUUUGAAUAACCUAUUAACCAGUAGAGAUGUCAGUCCGGUAAGGUGCGUAUUGUGAUCGCCGUGGAACGAAACUACUGAACGGACAAAACGAGAGCAUACACGUAAAGCUAGACAAGCUCUUUCUGUCGUACUUGGUGAGAUUGCUCCUAAUGAAGCAGAUAGCCUUUGGCAAGCUUUAAUAUCUUCAUCGAAAGCGAACAGUGAACGUAAUGAUGAAAGUGUAGACGAGUCUUUGAUGAAAGCCCUUGCCGAUUGUUAUAGAAAUGCUAAUACAUGGGACACGCGAAGACAGAUCUUAUCGCACAUGGCGGACAAAGCAACGUUUUCAAAGAUUUCUCAGUAUAUUCCUGGUCUCACUAGAUAUCGUUUUUCGUCUGCAAGACAGCAUGUUCUAGAGCAUGGCAGAGGAGCCCAAGUUCUACCGAGUUUGCAGCCAAAAAAGGUAGUGCCGCAAGAUAAAUUAUCGCAUUUCCUGGAUUUUAUAACCAGUCCCCACAUUAUUCAGGACCUCCCGUUUGGCGGUAAAACAAUCAUAUUGUCAAAUAAGGAGGUACUAGAAGUCCCAAAUGUAGUGCGCAACAUGAUUCCAGAACGUAUCGUUAAGCAGGGACUCGAUUAUAUAAGUUCCGCAAGAGCCGAGGUCUUCGAAAAUCUUGAGAGCGUGGUGGACUGGCUGAAAGAGAGCAUAGAACUAGAUACUACAUGGGCAAGACAACAGAAAGAGUCGUUUAAGUCAGGUAAACGUUACUUGAAGAGCGAUUACAAGGUAUGAAUAUAAAAUAUAACGAUUACAUCCGAUUUUGUUUUUGUUCUUUUUGUGGGAUUUGAUGUGAUUUUUUAAUUUGGUGUAAAAAAAGGAGUUUAGGAAAAAUCUCACUUGCUUAAGCGUAUCCAUAUAAUUAUACAAACAAAAAACAAUAACAGAUUCCCCUUCGGCAUCGUUUUUUUUUCUUUUCACAACAGUACUUGUCCCAUUACCUAUUUACACCAAAACAAAUGUCAGUAUUUGAGGCAAUAAAGGCUUUAAAAACGAAUAGAAGUUAUAAAGUGAGAGGCAAGAAAAAAUGCGCAAAAAUGAAACAAUAUUUUCCUAUUUAGUUGUUAUAUGAAUGAUGUGCGCUGACAAAAUGCAAUUUUCAUUGAUAGGUACACGUUUCAAAGACUUCAACCGUAAAAGAUCAUUGCAGAAGAUUUGCACUCAGUAAUCCUAGUGAUAAAAACUUCCACGGUCUCCUUGCUCCCACAAGCAUACCCCGAGCUGCGAGCAGUGCGAUAGUCUUGAUAACGCUAUGGACGAGAUUAGAAAAGCAGUUAUCAAGUUGGGGGAAUCUAGAGCCUGUUACUCUUCACUGGUGGAACUAAAAGAAGAGCUUCUGUUCAUAGUUGAAAAGUCAAAGCAAGACAUAACGUCAUGGAAAGCCCAUCUCUUGCGAUCAGUCAAUCAGGAUGAAGCAAGAGUAGAUAUCAUCGACAAGCUAGAUGAGACAUCCGUGCUGCUGGUUCAGGAUUGGGCUAUGAAAUUCCUACCUAGGAAAUAUAGAGAAAGCCAAAGCGAUUGGUUUAGUAAACGAGGCAUUUCAUGA